AACCCGAUCAGUUCCUGCGGAAAGGUGCAGAUGUUUUAACCGAUUACAUUAUUCAGCUUAGAAAAUUUCUGAGAAAAUAUCCUCAGCCACAGAUAAAUGCGGCGCAUGCAGGAAGAGAUCUUGAUGAAGUCCUCCCUGUGUUAGAAGAAAGCCAGGCAUGGGAAAAACUGACACCAGAGGAAGUCAUUGCUGAUGCCAUCUUAAGCAACAAAAUGCCAGAGGCCCAGACCUUCUUCCGAAUGCAUCAGCAUCCUGCUCAAAGUCGACAAGAAUUUAUUCAGACAGGUCUGAAUCUGGUCUAUGACCGGCUCCUGAAGGACAAUACCAGAGAGGCCUCAGAACUUCUAAGAAAUAUGGGCUUUGAUGUGAAGGAGGAAUUGCGUAAGAUUUGUUUCUACACAGUUGACAAACACGUCCGAGAUCUGUUGGUGAAAGUUUUACGAGAAGAAAAUUAUUUUUCUGAAAAAGAGAAGAAAAUGAUAGACUUUGUGCACCAGGUUGAAAGCUUUUACUCGGAGUCCUUCCAAGAAAAUAAAGAGAUUCAGUCUCUUUCCAGUUUCAAGAACUGGAGAAAGGAACACGACCUUUCCAGACACACGGCGGUGCUGGACUCACUGAAUUACGACAGACAUUGGGCUCACAACAGGAGGGUCAGAGUGAUGUUUAACUGGGCUCAGUGGUGGGAUGAGCUUAUUCGGGAAAUGAUUCUUCUCCCCAGAAAACCACGCCAAGAGCUCAAGAGCUGUAACCCUGAGAUUCUCUGGAUGCACUUGACAGCCCAGCACGAUUGGCUUAACAUUUGUUCAUGGAUCGACGAGCGUGAGCCCAGCCAGACUCUGUGUGGACAGACCAACUGGCCCCCUCUUGCUCCAGACGUCAUGGACCGGAACAUGUUAUGUAGUAGCUAUAUGAGAAAUGAUAUAUUAAACAAGCUGGCUAGAAAUGGAAUCUUUGUCCGCUCCGAGUUGGAAGAUUUUGAGCUUUUGCUGCACAGACUGUCUUACAUCGGGGGAGUUCUGCAGAAUCCUCACCCUGUUCCAGAAUGCAGUGCUGCAGGGGGUUUGGACUUCCACACUCGCUUCAUCCUUCACUGUCUAGAGCAUAAUUUGCAGUAUCCCUUAUACACUUACUUAGACUACUACAGUUUAUCUCCUUCAAACUGCCCUAUUUUGGAUAACAAGGAAUUGCACGAAGCGCAUCCCUGGUUUGAAUUUCUCGUGCAGUGUCGAGGGGUUGCCAGUAAUCCCCAAGAUCCGAAGAUGAUUUUCCAGGCUAGCCUGGCCAAUGCCCAGAUCUUGAUCCCCAGUAAUCAAGCCAGCGUGAGCAGCAUGCUGCUGGAGGGACGAACGCUGUUAGCACUCGCUACUACGAUGUACGCGCCCGGAGGUAUUGACCAGGUUCUUCAGAAUGAAGAUACAGAGAAACCUCUGAAGAAAGUUGAUCCACAGCUCUUAAAAAUGGCGUUGACUCCUUACCCCAAACUCAAAGCCGCUCUCUUUCCCCCGUGUACUUCUCAUGGAAUUUUGCCACCUGACAUCUCUCUUUACCAUCUCCUUCAGGCAUUAGUGCCGUUUGAUCCCUCUAAAUUAUUUGGCUGGCAGUCUACAAAUACUCUCGCUGUAUCAGAUGCAUCAAGUGACUUUCCUCAUUUUUCAUCCCCUGAACUGGUGAACAAAUACGCUGUAAUGGAACGACUGGAUUUCUUGUACUAUUUGCACCAUGGCCGUCCAUCCUUUGCUUUUGGUACAUUUUUGGUCCAGCAGUUAAUAAAGAGCAAAUCCCCCAAGCAGUCGAUUCAGCAGGCAGGAAGUGAAGCCUGUGUUUUAGCUCUGUCUUCCUUUGGUGUCCCUUCGGUGGGAGCAGCCUGUGUCUGCUUUCUGGAGUUGCUCGGUCUCGACAGCCUCAAGCUCAGAGUCGACAUUAAAGUUGCAAACCUAAUUUUCAGUUACAGAACUAGAAAUGAAGGAUCUCAGCACAAUCAGAUAAGAGAAUCUUUGGUUGAAAAGUUAACAAAGUUGGCUGGUGAUGAAAAAGCAGCAGCAGCAGCAGUCCUUGUCUCCUUAGAAGAAGCCUUUUGGGAUGCAAUUGAGCAUCAAGGCAUAGAGAAGACCUCUGGUGAGUCCAGAAGGCAGUGGUCCUUGGUAAUGCAGUUCUGUAAACUCCAUCGUAUUGCCCUGAGUACAUCUUACCUACGGGAAUGUGCCAGAUCCAGCGACUGGCUGCAGUUCAUCAUCCAGACCCAGCUGCACGGCUACCGGCCGGACGAGGUCAUUUCUGUCCUUCAAGAUUUCACUCCCGCUUUACAAGAUCACUUGCUGUUGGCGUUGGAGAAGUUGCCACCUUUGUGUCCCGAUGCGGGGAGCCCUGAGAGCGGCACCGCCAGCGUGGUGAAGAGCAGAUACGCAGACAGUCUCUUCCAAAUCCUUUUCCAGUGCCAGGGGCACUCCAGCCCUUCACGUUACCUCCUGACUGAAGGACUGAGAGCGCACGCUCCUGUUCUGAGCGUGCUAGCAGCGUGUUUCCAGGAUGCAAACAUUCUUCACUGUCUCUGUGUGUGGAUGAUCACUGCUGUGGAUGAUGUUACCAGAGCUGAAGCAACAAACCACGUUCAGAGCUCGGCGGAAAAUCACGAGUGGGAUCUUCACGACCUGGCAGUUAUCUGGAAAGUCUUCUUAAGAAAGCAAAGAAGUAAAACUCUUCUGAAUGGCUUCCAGCUCUUUUUAAAGGAUUCUCCUUUGCUGUAUAUACUGGAGAUGUAUGAACUAUGUAUGAACUGUAAAAAAUACAGUGAAGCUAAAACCAAACUGGACAAGUUUCAGGAAAGCCUCACAAAGCUUAAAACUGAAGGCGAAGCAGCAGCUUCAGAAUUGCCCGUGCGAUGGAUGGAGUCACAAGCUUUGUUCCUUCUUGAACUGAUGAUGCAGCAAUGUGGAACGGAGUAUGAGCUAGGAAAGCUCCUGCAGCUGCUUGCUGCCACAGAUCAUCUUCUACUCGAUGGCCCUUACGUGAAGAAGCUCUGUGCGCUCAGUGAGACCCUGCAGGAUUCCUCCGUAUCAAUUAACCGCUCCGUGCUAACGAGUUCCAGCAUGGAGGCGUUUCAGAGCGAGUGCAGAUCGAUCCUGGAGCAGCUGCAAGAGCAAGGCAGGUUCUCACUGGCACGGGAGGUGGCAGCGCUGGCUGAGUUGCCCGUGGACAACAUCGUUAUCCGAGAGGUUCUAAGAGAUCUGCAUCACUUAAGAGACACUGGACAGUGGCAUCAGAACCAGACAAGAACUGAAUUCUGGAAAAAAUGUAACGACAGCUUCGAGAAAAAUGCAAUCUCCAACAAAGCCGCGUCGGAUUUUUUUCUUAACCAGGCAAGCACAGUAUUUGAAUCUCCAGCUCACGAGAAGUUACACAGCUUCAUGGAGCGACAUUUGCUGCUUACCCUGGCUGGCCACUGGCUGGCCAAGGACGACUCGGUGUCCCUGCCCAAAUUAGAAGAAAUAGAGAAGCAGAUCUGGAUUUGUCGCAUCGCCCAACAAACGUUAUCCACAGAGGAGGGGUCAGGCAAGCCGAGGUUUUCCUCCCACGUUGUGAACGGGGAUCUUACCUUCGAUAACUUAGCUAAGGAGUUUUCUUUUUCCAAGCUGCCUGCUCUGAACACACCCAAGCACCUCAGAGUAGAGGCGCUUGCAUUCGGAGAGGCUGCGCAGCCGAUGAGUAACGAUGAGGAGGAGUCACUCAGGCUCCUGGUGGGAUCCCUGCUCGACGAAGGCAGCGUCCACGAGGCCAGCCGUGUCUGCCAGUAUUUCCGUUUCUACGACAGAGACGUUUCGCUGGUGCUGCACUGCAGAGCUCUGGCUGCAGGGGACAUUGUUGCAGCCAGACUGCACUCAGACAGUCAGGCUCUCCUUGCAGUGAAGGAGAAGACGCCUGAAAGCAGCGUGGCUCCGCAAAGCAGAGUCCCCAGCACAUCAAGCUUAGACGACUGGACACACCUCGUGGCUCCAUCUCCAGAUGACCAGGUUGUUACCAGCCUGAAGGCUCUCACAGAUGAAUGUGUCCAUGGCAGGAACUACUGCAGACAGGUCCUCUGUUUGUAUGAGCUCUCUAAGGAACUGAACUGCUCCUACAGUGAAAUGUCAGCCCGCGACCCCGAAAACGUGCUGCGGGCGAUCCUGUCGUCCCGUCAGCCGGACAGGGGCAGGAGAGCCCAGGCCUUCAUCUCCACGCAGGGCCUGCAGCCCCAGAGCGUGGCAGAGCUGGUGGCUGAAGAAAUCAUGCAGGAGUUACUGGCACCAUCAGAAGGGAAAGGGCAGAAGCAGGUUGUGAACCCCACGGCUGAGAGCCAGGCGUUCCUGCAGCUCGCCAAGCUGUGCCAGGACCACACCUUGGUUGGCAUGAGGUUACUGGAUAAAAUCUCCUCGGUGCCGCGCGGGGAGCUGUCCUGCAUUACAGAGUUGCUGAUUUUGGCCCACAGUUGCUUUAGCCUGACUUGCCACAUGGAAGGGAUCACCAGAGUCCUGCGAGCAGCGCGGCUGCUCACCGAUGAGCACUUGGCCCCUCGCGAGGAGUACGGGCUCAUGGUUCGUCUUCUCACCGGCAUCGGCAGAUACAACGAAAUGACCUACAUCUUUGAGCUGCUGCACGAGAAGCACUACUUCGAAGUGCUCAUGAGGAAGAAAUUGGACCCGAGCGGGACGCUGAAGACAGCUCUGCUGGAUUACAUCAAGCGCUGUCGGCCCGGGGACAGCGAGAAGCACAACAUGAUCGCCCUGUGCUUCAGCAUGUGUCGGGAAAUCGGGGAGAACCACGAGGCUGCUGCAUGCACGCAGCUAAAACUCAUCAAGUCUCAGCCGUGGGAGGAGUCACUUCAGGAUAUUGCACAUUUAAAGAAACUGCUGAUGAAAGCCCUGACACUCUUUAUUGAUGCAGCAGAAAGUUAUUCUAAGGACUCCUGUGUCCGCCAGUCGCUGCGCUGCAGCCGGCUCACCAAGCUGAUCACGCUGCAGCUGCAUUUCCUCAGCAGCGGGCAGAGCACGCGGCUCAUCAACCUGAGCGGGCAGGACCUGAUGGACACCAUCGUGGCCUUGCCCAGGUUCUAUCAGGCGGCUAUCGUGGCCGAGGCGUACGAGUUUGUCCCAGAUUGGGCUGAGGUUCUCUACCAACAAGUGAUCACCAAGGGAGACUUCGCUUACUUGGAGGAAUUCAAACAGCAGCGACCACUGAAGCCUGGCAUUUUUGAGGAGAUUGCAAAGAAAGUUAAGCAGCACCCACCUACUGAGGCCGCUCUGAAAAACCUGAAGAAGCUGCUCACGCACUGUGAAGACGUCUACACCUACUACAGACUGGCGUACGACCUCAAGUUCUACGACGUGGUCAACGCGCUCCUGAAGGACGCACAGACCGGCUGCUGCCUCAGCGACUUCUUGUCCACGUAG